CCGUUCUUAUCUGUUCCAGCCGCAGCCUUGAUUUUUCCUACCGUGUGUGCCUGUCUUCUUUCCUGGGAGAAAAAUCACGCUGCUCCAUUCUCUGGUUUCUUUCAGCCGCUCACCGCCGGUGAGAUCGCAGCCGUCGUUCUUAUCUUCUUGCGCCGCUCCUCUGUUGCCGCUUAAGUAUUGGAUAAAAUCCUGCGCGCCGAGGUUCUUCCUCAUGGCGCUCGGCCUCUUCCCAGCGCUACCGGCCAUCCCUCUGCUCGCCCUCGCUCCCUCUGUUGGCUCAGACCGCGCCCCCUUCUCGGCCCCAUCUCCAUGGCGUCCGGCCGGAUCUCCAGUGCCGCGCCGGCUUGGAGCUUCCAUGGUCGCAUCUCUUUUUCCCUGUGAUUUCAUGACGUCCCUGCGUCGCAUAUUCCCCGAGCUCGUCGCCAUGGCUGCACCCAGCAGCUCCCUGCCGCGCCCAGCUCUUCGCCCUUUUCCCUAUGGCGCGUCUCCCGGCCCUGGCUCAACGAUCUGCGUUCUCCCUGCUCUCCCAAGCAACGCGUCGUGGAGCUCCUCCUUGCGCGCGCCCAGUCAGCGCCUGUGCGCUGCGGUUUCCUCUUCAUCUUCCUCAAGCUCGCCGAGCGGUUCUUCCCCCAGCACAUCUCCCUGCCCAAUCGCCCCAUUUCCUCAUCUCCCUCGAGCUCGCCCCUGCCUCAGCUUGGACUGCGCUGCUCGGCUCUAGUGAAAGAAGAUCCCUCUGCCCAGCCGCUCCUUGCUCCCUGCACGCCGGAGCUCGCCCAGCUCGGCCUCCUCCCCACGCGCGUCCUUGGUUUCUUGCUCGCCCAGCCGUUUCUCCCUGCAAGCUUCGGCUCCCUGCGCGUCUGCUCCAGCUCGGCCAUGGCCGUCGCAGCCAAGUCCCUUUCCCCCAGCCGGUUUUUCUGCGCGCGAAGUUCCUUUGGCUGCGCCCUCCCUUUCUCUUCCAGCUCGCGCAGGUCUGCUGCUCAUCUCCCAUGGUGGUUGGUCACUGCUGCGCAGCUUCCUGGUGCCGCGACCCCCGCCGUGAUCUCCUCUACCGCGCCGAAUUGCGCAGCGCCGUUGACGCCUGCCGAUUGUUCGAUACUUUGCGCGGCUAGUCGUCGCGGUCAUACACAGCAGUGCCUGCUCCCAGCUCCGCGCCCCAGUCCCUAGUGCCCGACCGUCGUCGCCACUGGCAGUACACCGACGCAGCGUUCCUGCACAUCAACACCAACAAGUCGUCAUGCAUCGUCGUGCUGGCACGUCAAUGCCGUCAAUCGCCAUCCUCGUCUACACUAAAGAUCCGAGAAGAUUAGACGCGGAGGAAAACAAAUUAGUACGUGGCGGGAAAAUUCUCGAUAUGGAAGAAGAAGUGUGAUUCGAUGCGACACUCACCGUGUAUUCAGGGGAAAAGUUAGAGCUGAAAGACAUCGUCCAUUUCACGAUUUCAAGCCGGAUUUAAUUAUGGU